CUAAUCGAAAGAGCAAUCGAUAACAGCUUUUACAUUUUUCUCCUGAAACAUACUUCUAAAAGGAAGGAAAUCUUUGGAUCUAAUGGAGAUUAAAUCAGAACAGCGCAGUGCUGCAGGAUACUACAGCCUGCGCAGGACCAUUUUACCAAACACCCGCCUGCGCGAUUAUUGUGUGGAGAGCCGUCACCAAAGCCAGGUCUUCAACUCAAAGAAAGCCAAUGGUGGCAAUAAAGUCCUCUGGGAAUCAAUCAUGUGUCCCAGUGACCCCAAGAAUCCCACUGCCAUCAAAAUGAGACUGAAGAUGAUAAAGUCUACUGGUGCUCCUCCUCCAUCUGCAGCCAGUCCCUCCAGGUCCUCUUCUAAGAUCCUGGACCCUCCUCAAGACCCAGAUAUGUUCCAGCACAGAGGGGUGCCCAUCCAGUGUGGAACCUCUUUUGGAACAAAUGGAGAGUGUAGGAGCCAGCCAGCAAUCCCAUGGUACUGCCUUCGCACUGCAGCCCGGGAUCAGGCUGGAGACUCCAUCUCCCGCACUCACUGGACAACUGCCUACAACUCAUGUGGCUCCAUCGUCCAGGCAGAGAUGGAGAACAGACUACUGAAGGAAGCAGUGCUGCAGACGAAGCCAACACACCCGCACGUAACAGCGGGGCCGAAAGAAACUCUUGAGACAAAGAGAAACGCCCCCGUUCCCGAUUCGGCUGCCGGCCACGGCUCCCCCAGUCAUACCACCUGUAGGAGCGAUGAGCCGCUGCUCAUCCAUGGGCUGAGUGUGGAGGAGUACCGCCAGGUGUACCACUCCGUGGUGGAGCCCAUGAGGAUGAACUCCAAGGGGCGGCCCAAGCCAUAUAGCCUGGAGCUGGGCCGGCGCAUCAAGCAGAGGCUGUGGGAGGCCCUGCACUGCCCCCGCUUACAGGAGAUAGUGCACCCCGAUGGACGAGUGCAGUUCAUUAGUGUUACCACGGGGGGGCACAAGAGAUACGCACCCCAGAUUGAGGUGGACAUCAGUCAGGAGCCCCUCCCUGCCCGAAAUUCCUCAAGCCUGCCACCCCUGAAGAGAGCUAAGCACUGACCAUCCUCUAACUAAAAAGUGUCUAUUGUAUUAUUGUAUUAACUUCUCAUUAAAUUAAAAAAAUUCCUAAUCUUUAAAAA